AUGUUUCGUACACCGGUAUUUUCACUAACCGGCGAGACUCAACGGAACUGUUUGUCCAAUUUGCCACUUCUCCGACGCGCCUCACAUCUUCAACUCAGUGAUGCAUCCACUCAGUUGAUUUUGGAGAAAUCUCUGGGUUAUGGAGCAUUUGGUGUCGUGUGGUUGGUUGUAGAUCCAAGGACUGGGAGGCGGAUGGCUCUCAAACGGAUCUCAUGUGUGUUUGAUACCUUGGCUUCUGCCAGAAGAGCCUACAGAGAACUCUAUUUGCUGAGCAACCUCAGACACAUCAACGUUGUUCAAAUGCUGGAUAUUGUCAAGGUGGACAAUUUCGCUGAAUUUAAUGAUGUAUGCUUCCUUUGUGAGUAUAUGGAAACUGACCUGCAUAAAAUUAUAAUUUCCAAUCAACCUCUCUCGAUUGAGCACGUGAAGUUGUUUACGUAUCAGCUACUUCGAGGCCUGAAAUAUUUACACUCGGCUGGUAUCAUGCAUCGGGACCUGAAGCCUGGCAACCUUCUGGUCAAUUCACAUUGUCUUCUCAAGAUUUGUGACUUUGGCCUAGCUCGAUCCUGUCUAACGUUUAAGUCUGACGAGCAGGAUCCCACACUGACCGUGGAAGUAGUCACUCAAUUCUAUCGGGCCCCAGAACUCUUGCUUGGUUCUUCGUUUUAUAAUGCCGCCAUCGACCUCUGGAGUGUCGGCUGUAUUCUGGCUGAAUUAUUAACACGGAAAAUUUUAUUUCAAUCUAUGAGCCCCUUCUGUCAGUUGGAGAUGAUAUUCGAACUUCUCGGAUCACCACAUCCCACCGAACUAUCCAGCCUCGUUGGAUGCCCAUUGCUGAGUGUUGAAUUCCUGUUAAGUCGUUCAGUACGACCGCCAAACCACGCAGCACUAGCUUCCAUGCUCACUCCUUUUCAACCUAACAACCACGUCACACAGUCGACUGAACCACCUGACGGAGAUCUUCUGGCUCUCCUAACGGGCCUGCUAACAUUCAGCCCGACCAAACGCCUUUCAGCUGAAGAGGCACUGUCAUCUCCAUUCCUCUAUUCCGGUCGGGCUCGUUUUCAUAGUUGGUUGUGUGAUUGCUGUCCCAGAACAUGUUGCUUACCAGUCCUCAAUCAAAUACAACACUCAAACUCUACUGUUCUGUCCCAUUGGCGUGAAGUAGUCCCAUCCUUCAACUCAUCCGGAACUCAGUACUCUUCACCAUGUACUCCGCCAUCCCCGUUCGCUUUUCCUCACCUAUCCGCGGAACUCAUGCUUCGACUCAAUACUUUAAGCUUACUUCCAACACUGUCACCUCAAAUGUCGACUGCCCCAAAUUCAAAUCUCGGUGCUUCAUCUUUGCAAAAGUGCAUGGAACCAGUCUUCAUCAGUCAAGGUGGCCAUUAUCAUCUGAACACGGAGGUUGAAUUGUCCACUUUGAUGGACGCAAGGCAGGCUUUGUGGAAUCUGAUGGAGGACUACUUUCGACGUGAUCCACAUCGGGCUCGGGUGUUUAUCAACACUUUGUCUCCUAAUUUCGGACCGUUCUUAUCAGCCCAUAGAUAAUGCGUUCGUAGCGCAUGUAAAUGAACUACCCAGUUCUGCAUCAAUUCCACUGCAAUCGAUUGCUGGCUCUUUCCCGUGCUUCUCCGUCUCUGGUCCUUGGAAUAUCCAAUACUGCAGCUUUGUCCCGUAUAAACUCAGCAAUGCAAUUGUACACAUUAGUAGUGCUUCCUUGUGUGGUUAUAUCCCUUUGUGCCUGCGCUCAUUCGGCGCUUUGUCUUCUUCAGUCCUGCCUUCGUGUUAGCUUUUGUUCACAUCAUUUUCUGAUACGAUUUUAUGGUUGUUUGGUCGGCUUAUCCUCACCUUACAUUCACUCCGUUUUUCAAUGUGGUUACCUGUUGCCUUCACCGUAUCCAUUACCGUUGCUCAUUUUUCACCUCCCUUACAUUGGUCGGCAAACGAUUUGCUCCCUCUCACCGGCCCCUAUCAAUACUGCUCCCCUCUGUGUUUCAUUCAUUGAGUGUACACCCCACCCUCCGGUUCACAUUUACCUCAGGCUCGCCCUUUUCCUCUGCUUAGCACACUAUCCUUCCCGUUACAACUUGGCUGUGUUUCCCCGCCGAUUUUUUCGAUUAUCUGACGCGCAUUUAUGAACCAGAACUUACCAAUGUUCUCAGUCAACUCAUCUGUGAUUCACCCUCCAUUUACAUCUGUCGAUCACUACCGGUUCCAUCGUUUUUUACCUCAUUGGCGAUAUCCUCCCACCGGUACCCUGCUAUGCUACAUAGUUUGGAGUUUUGUUUCGUGCAUCUUGCACUCAACCUGGCUGGCGCGGUUCAGGUUCUACGCACACGAUUAACUGUACACUAUUCUGCAGCACUUUCCAGCUUCCUAUUCUCCCUGUCUUGUUAUGCCUGCUUUCUUCAAUACAGACACCCGUC